AUGGGACGGAGAAAGAUUGAGAUCAAGGCCAUCAAAGAUGACCGCAAUCGCUCGGUGACUUUCUUGAAGCGCAAGGGUGGUUUGUUCAAGAAGGCGCAUGAGCUGGCUGUUCUCUGCUCUGUGGACGUUGCGGUGAUUAUCUUUGGCCAGAACAAAAAGCUAUAUGAGUACUCAUCAUGCGACAUGCACGAUGCGCUCGGUCGCUACCAAUAUUUUGGCCCGCCGCACGAACAUAAAGGACGCGAAGAUUUUGCCAAUAAGCGAGAGGAUGACGACGAGGACGACGAUGCUUCACCAGCUCCGGAGGAAAUCCAAGCAGUUCAGACUCAAAACCACCCCGCGCUACCCGCUCAUCUCCAGAAUACUCCCGCAUUCCAGCAUAUAAACCAUGCACCCUCUGCGUCCCCACCGAUACAUCAUGGCAUGACACUCACACGACAUGGCACACCGCAAUCCCAAGGCACAUCGCGUCCUUCUUCGAGAAAUCAUAUACGUCGAGUCAGCUCUAAUUUAGGUCCCCAGCAACACGGUACACCUCCUCCGCCGCCACCUCCAGGUCCCCAAAAUGGAAAUUUUGGCUACAUGCCAAACCCGUCUAUGUACAAUCCGAACGUUCACGCAAUGAAUCAACAGCCCCGACCCGGUCAAUUCGCGCAUUAUGGUCAUCCCCCCGGACAUCAUCAAGGAACACCUCCCAUGGCCCAUGGACUGCCUCCCCAGCAGAUGCCACCCCAGCACCAAGCCCAGCACCAAACUCAGCAGCAUUUCCAGCAGCACGCUCAUCCUGUAGGAAUGCCGCCUGGGACUCUUCCCCAAGUGCAGCAAGUCUCGCAAAAUUACAUGCAGGAGCAUGGUAGAGGUUCCCUUCCCCCAGGAUUCGCGCCCGACGGCCACCAAGAUCGACCCGGGUCAGAACACCCUCAAGACGAGCCAGGCUUAAAACCGGACCACAGCCAAUCGCCACCCCAGAUAAAAUCAUUGUCUAAAUCUCGCAGUAUUUUCACGCCUAUCGAUGACCGGGGAUCUGUGCUUGCUCGCCAUUUCGGUGCAGGGGGGUCCUCGUAUGAGAUGCCACACAAUAAUCACCCCCUCAAGGUCGAAGCAAGGCCCCAAGGGUCACCGGGCUUACAGUCUAUUCCCGUCAGAGCUGCCACGGAGGCCCCGCGUCCACAGUCAGGGUCUAAGGCAUCUCGAACAAAUAGCGGACCGUUACCACCAAAACGACCCCAAUUAAAGGUGCAAAUUCCCAGUGAACAGUCCGAUGGUGGUGGAAGUGCGACGGCCGAUUCAUCGCGCGAUUCCGCCGGAAAUCAAUCCUCUACACCCGCGAAAACCAGUGCCGAGAAUAGUGGCUCGGGGGUGGUUUUACCCCCUCCAUCGCCCUCAGCCGGUGCAAUACUGAGCGCGGGAGCCCAGGGGCCGCCUAACCCAUUCGCACGACCUCCGCCCCCUGUUCCCACCGCGCGAAAUGAUUCUUACGGCAGCAAUAGCGGCAAUCCAGGGAAUGGGACUUCGAAUAAUAACAUUGAGACACCCAUAUCAGCUCUGCCGAGUCGCUUUGUAUCCGACGCUCUCCUUCCAUCACCGUCCAGCUUCUUCCCCGAAUGGGGCUUUGGCCGAUCCGGACCAGACUCCAACAUGCUGCCCAGUCCCCUCACCUUCCCGACUCCGGCAGUGCCCAGCGGUCCUAGCUUCUCCCGCGAAGAUGAACAUGAUAAGAAGCGAAAAAGUCCGGAGGGAGGGUCCGGCGGGGAAGGUGCAAAUAAAAGACCCAAAGCCUGA